AUGCCAUUUUCUCCACGCUCGCUCCAAGCUAUCCCCACAUCCUACGCAACCUGCUCCAUUGGCUGCAGCCCGGAGCACACGCUGCCCAAAAGGCUCGAUGCCAUUGCCGCCGCCGGGUUCCAAGCCAUUGAGCUCUCUAUGCCCGACAUCCUCGACUUUGCCAAGCUGUACCUCAAGAAAGACGUGGGCCCAAAAGAUUGGGAUGACCUCUGCGCCACGGCCAAGGCCAUCAAGGUACAGACCGAUGCCAAGAACCUCAGGAUCCUGAUGUUGCAGCCAUUCUCCAAUUUUGAAGGCUGGCCAGAAGGCACCCCAGAGCGCAACGACGCCUUCGAGCGAGCCAGAGGCUGGAUUGAGAUCAUGGACGCCUGCGGCUGCGAUAUGCUGCAGGUAGGGGCUUCCGACACUCCGGAAGACAAGAUCGGCCUUGACCGAAACCGCUUCGUGUCAGACCUCGGCGAGCUCGCCGACAUCCUGGCCCAGAAGAACUUCCGGCUCGCCUACGAAAACUGGUGUUGGUCCACCCAUGCUCCGGAUUGGAAGGACGUCUGGGACAUCGUCAAGAAGGUCGACAGGCCCAACGUCGGUCUAUGUCUUGAUACCUUCCAGACCGCGGGUGGCGAGUGGGCCGACCCGACCACCGAGUCUGGCCUGCUCGAGGGAGCAUCCAAGGACGAGCUGGAGAAGAGAUUCCACGAGAGCUUGGACGAGUUGAGCAGGUCCGUACCGAAGGACAAGAUCUAUCUGCUGCAGGUUUCGGAUGCCUACAAACCAAAGCAGCCCUUCAGCAAGCAUGUCGACGAAUCAGGCACUCGCCCACGAGGCCGCUGGAGCCAUGAUUUCAGGCCGCUCCCGUUCGACGGCGGCUACCUGCCUGUUGCCGACGUAGCCAAAGCAAUCUUGAAGACACGCUUCAGGAGCUGGUUCUCCUACGAAGUUUUUGACGGGGGCCCAGACGGUAAGGGCCGGAGCUAUGACCUGCAAGAGUACGCGAAGAAGGCCAUGGAGUCUCACAAGAAGCUGCUCGAGGCCUGUAUUGAAUAA